AUGGCCCUCCGCCCCAUCUCUACGCUCUCCUCCCUGGCAGGCCGCAGCGCCGUCGUGACGGGCGCCUCGUCGGGCCUAGGCCGCUCCAUCGCGCUCCGGCUCGCGCGACUCGGCGCGAGCGUGGUGUGCGCCGACCUGUCCCCCGGCGCGCGCGACGCGUCCCUCGUGCCGACGCACGAGCUGAUCGCGUCCAACGGCGGGAAAGGCCAGUUCGCCGAGGUGAACGUGACGGACCUGGGCUCGAUCGAGGCGGCCAUCGCUUCCGCCGUCCGGCUGUCGCCCCGCGCCCGCCUGGACAUCAUGGUCAACAACGCCGGCACGAUCGGACACCAGGCCGACCGGGACAACCUAGGCAUCCACACCGAGGCGCCCGGCUUCGCGCAGAACGUGUUCAACGUCAACCUCAUGGGCGUGUGGAACGGGACGCACGCGGCGGUGCUGCAGAUGCUGCAACAGGAGCCGGAGAAGAUGCCCGCCGACGAGGACGUGGAUGUGCGCCUUGGUGACCCCGAGGUCGAGGGGCAGGACGGGCCGAGAGGGAGCAGGGGGAGUAUUGUCAACAUGGGCAGUAUCCAUGGCAUGGUCGGCGGGCCGAGCGAGGCGGCCUACUCUGCGUCCAAGGCCGGAGUCAUCAACCUCACGCGCACCGUCGCGAUAGACUAUGCAAAGGACAGGAUCAACGCGAAUGUCGUGUGUCCCGGGUACUGCGCAAUCAACAUGGGCUCCAAGCCGACCGACCCCGAGAUCGCCGCGCGCCGGCUCACGCCCUGGCCGCACCGCGGCGCGGCACGCGACGUCGCCAACGCCGUCAUCUACCUCGUGCGCGACGCGCAGUGGGUCACGGGGGCCGUGUUGGCCGUUGACGGGGGCACGACGGCGGAUUAGGCGAGGUGGUGGGUGGUUCCAUUGGGACGGUUGUCAGAACUCCGGCGGCCCGGAUCUCGCCGUUGGGUGAGUGGCUGCGCGCCGUCCCGCCGUCCAUCUGAUGGCUCGUGGGCGCCUAGUUGGUCUCGGGGAUGCAGAC